GUGCUGGGCCCUCCCCUCCCCUCCUUCUCUGGACCCCCCACCCAUCCCGGCCCCCCCGUGUGGUCCCCACACUCUGGGUAAAGGGCUCCACUGGGGUGUUUUGGGUUGAAACGUUGGAAUUAGGGGGGUUUACCCCAGAACUGCUCAUUUUUGGGGGAACAAAGCUUUUGGUUGGGGAAGGGAUUUGAUGUAGGCGGUUGUGGAGAUGGAUAGGGCGUGAUGGGGAUUAUGUGAGGGGGGGGGGGUCACAGCUGUAGGUAGGAAUCCAGCUCAGCUCUCAGGGAUCCCCCCAGGGUUGUGUCCUCUCAUGACAACUCCACGUUUCCCCCAGCACAGCUGUGACCUCUGCCAUGGCUGCCAGAGGUGAUCUGUGACCCUCCUGGGCUCUCAGGGUUCCCCCCAGGGUUUCCUCCCAUGACAGCUCCACCUUCACCCCAGGUACUGGGGGGCUGCAGCUGGGGGUCCUGCUCAGCUCUCAGGGUCCCUUCAGAAUCUCUCCCCCUUUUCUGACAGCUCCACCUCCCCCCAGGUACCUGGGGGCUGCAACUGGGGGUCCAGCUCAGCGCCCAGGGGCCCUCCAGGGUCCUGCCCCCUCCAGUGACAGCUCCACCUCCCCCAGGUACCCCCUGGCUGAGCAGCGGGGACAUGAGCGGGGCUAGGGGGCACCUUUGGGUACUCUGAGUGCCACCCCCACAGCAGCCCCCCCCACCCGCGGACCACCAAGGAUGUGACCCUCUGGCGAUGCCCGGCUGCGCCGCGCUCGCCGCCAGGCCGGCGGCACAGGAUGGAGCCCUUCCUGCCCUCCCCGUGGGGCUGGAAUGGCUCUAGAGGGGGGUCCCGGCCCCCCAACAGCACUGCCGAGGCCAAGCCCAAGGACGUGGCCUCCAAGUCUGUGGGGCUGUUCUUCAUGGUGCUGCUGGACCUCACGGCCAUCGUGGGCAACGCCGCCGUCAUGACGGUCAUCGCCAAGACGCCGGCGCUCCGCAAGUUCGUCUUCGUGUUCCACCUGUGCCUGGUGGAUUUCCUGGCUGCCCUCACGCUGAUGCCGCUGGAGAUGCUGUCGGGCUCGGCCGUGUUCGAGAGCCCGGGGCUGGGCGAGGCCGUGUGCCGCGUGUACCUGUUCCUCAGCGUGUGCCUCACCUCCAUGUGCAUCCUCUCCAUCUCCACCGUCAACGUGGAGCGCUACUACUACGUGGUGCACCCGCUGCGCUACGAGUGGAGCCGUGGGCCAUCCUGCAAGGUCUUUGUGGUCUUCUUCGCCGCCUUCUACUUCGUCCUGCCGCUCCUCAUCAUCGUCGUGGUCUACUGUGGCAUGUUCAAGGUGGCACGGGUGGCAGCCAUGCACCACGGCCCGCCACCCACCUGGAUGGAGACGCCGCGCCGGCGCUCGGCGUCGCUCAGCAGCCGCUCCACCAUGGUCACCACCUCGGGGGCGCCUCGGACCACCCCACAGAGGAUGUUUGGCGGGGGCAAGGCGGCUGCCGUGCUGCUGGCCGUGGGCGGCCAGUUCCUCUUCUGCUGGUUGCCCUACUUCUCCUUCCAGCUGUACACGGCGCUGAGCACUCGGCCCUUGGCCGGGCCGGCGGCUGAGACUGUGGUCACCUGGCUGGGGUUCUGCUGCUUCACCUCCAACCCCUUCUUCUAUGGCUGCCUCAACCGGCAGAUCCGCGGGGAGCUCGGCCGGCUCCUCACCUGCUUCUUCAAGCAGCCCCCGGAGGAGGACCUGCGGCUGCCGAGCCGUGAGGGCUCCAUCGAGGAGAACUUCCUGCAGUUCCUCCAGAGCACUGGGCGCCCACCAGAGCCCCCCAGCCGCGAGCGGGACCUGCCCCCUGUGGAUUUCCGCAUCCCGGGGCAGAUCGAGGAGGAGGCGGCCGAGGCGAUGGAGUGGGGCGGGGGCAGCGGGGUGUUCGUGCCUGUGGCGGGCUCUGCCAAAGCGGGGCUGUAGCGUUUGGGGGGGUUUGGGGUAAACGUGGCUGUGAGGGGAGAGAUGGUCACAGUGACUCGUUGAGGGGGGGCUUCGUCACCGCCCCGGAGGGUUGGAGGUCCCACAGUGCUUACUGGGCUGGGAGUACCACGCUGCCAUGGAGGGUGGGGGGUCCUCACUGCAGCCACAAAGAACUGGGGGGGCCCACAAGGCCCACUGGGGUUGUGGGGUGGGGGCUCUUUGCUGCAGCCAUGGAGAGCUGGGGGUCUCAUGGCACUGGAGUGGGAGUGAUUCUCACUGCUGUGGGGGACUGGGGGGUCCCACAGCACUCGUUGAGGUUUGGGGGGGAGGGUCUCUGUCACCACAGCGGGGGAUCGGGGGUCCUACGACUCUUGCUGAUGUCUGUGGGGUUCUCUUUGCCGUGGGGGAUUGCGGGUCCCACCACGCUCAUCGGGAGCGGGGGGUCCCCAGUGCUGCCAUCGCAGGUGACGGGGGGAGCUCCCACCGCCCUCGCUGGGCUGAUGCAGUGCGGGGUCAGCACGGCCGCCACCGCGGGGAUCGGGGGUCCCGUGGCACCACCGCGGCUGGGGGGCAGCAGCUGGGGGCACAAGCCCAGUGAUGGGCCAGGGAUAAGAGUGGGGGGCUCGUGUUUGGGGCCUCCCCAGGAGGGGUGGUCCCUCUACAGCCAGGGAGGGGCGGGGAGGGGGGGCUGCCUGCGGAGGGGGUCCCCUCCAUCCCCCCACGGCCCUGAGACCCCUACUCAGUCCUGGAGAGCAGGUCCCAUUGCCCCGAGCCCGCCCCGCAGCCGCGGAGCCCAGCCCCGGCCCUCUGGGGGUGCGCAGCCCGGCCCCCUUCAUGAGGGAGGCCUGGGGGUCUGGGGCCGCCGCGGACUCUACCCACCCCCGGGAGGACUACAACUCCCAUCAUGCCCGCCAAACAGAGCCCGGAAGUAGGGUAUUUCCCAUCAUGUCUCGCUCCAUCGAGGCGGAAGUAAAGCGCUUUUCCCCCCCAUCAUACUCCGCUCUAGCGUGGCGGAAAAUGGAGUCUCCUCCCAUCAUGCCCCGCU